UAGCGAUUAGUCCUUUUUGCCCUUGUCAGUGUUUACCAAGGUGACGUGUAGUUGUGUGGUGCGCGCGCCACCCACCCCAUAACACCACUAUAAAUUAAAGAGGCAGGCAACCAUCAACCAGUUGUCUGGUCUUCUGCAGCAAUGGAGUGUCGCGCCUUUAUCAUCCUGGUGAUCGUGCCUGUGUUGGCCGCCGUUGCCAGCGCUGGCCGCAUUCGUCCUGGCCAGGAUGGUCAUGGAAUCCGUAUUGACGGCCCAAGUGGAGGCUUUGGUGGUGGAGGAAUCCAGGACGUCCAUUCUCGUCCUGGUGCUAAUGGUGGAGGAAUCCAGGACGUCCAUUCCCAUCCUGGUGCUAAUGGUGGAGGAAUUCAGGACGUCCAUUCCCGUCCUGGUGCUAAUGGUGGAGGAAUCCAGAUUGACGGUCCCAGUGGAGGAUUUAAUGGUGGAGGAAUCCAGAAAUUACCAUCUCGUCCAGGAGCUGGUGGUCAUGGAAUCCAAAUUGACGGUCCCAGUGGAGGAUUCAAUGGUGGAGGAAUCCAGCAUCAAGGCUAAUAUGACAACAGUGAUGACAAAGGUUGAGGUAGAGGUGAGGCGGGGACUGAUGCCCUAAACCGUCCGUGGCUGUGAAGUCGACGUCAGUCACUGUGAUGACAUCAACAGUGUCGUCACGUCAGUGAGUCACCAUGAUGACUCCAGUAACGUUCAUCAGCAUCAAUAAGUCACCAAAAUUUCAUGACUAAAACUUAGAUCUGUCCCUCAGUUAACAUUGUCCGCCGGGAAUUAUAAUUCCUUCUACUGAAUUUUUCAUUUAAAUUCUUUCUAGUUUAUGUAAACCAAAAUUUUCACAGGUUAAGUUUUUCUUAAAUUAUUAAAGUUUGAAAUAAUA